UUGUAAGAUUUAUACCAGAGAAGAUAUACGAUUCCAUAUUUUAAAAUAUUUUAUAUUUAUAUAUACAAGUUAGUGCACUGAUAUGCCUGGAAUUGACUUUUAUGAGUAAGAAUGAGUUACAAAUCACGACACGGUAGGACUCGGACUCGGGACAAAUUCUCUGAAAGUUGGAACAUCGAUCCUCGCUACAGUAGAUCACCAGAAAUUUCGCUUGAACGCGGGAAAAACUCUCGCCGCAGUAAGUAUCGCAGUAGAUCGCGAGAAAGAACGAUAUCUGAUUCACAUCGGGGAAAGUCUCGUGAACGGAGCAGCAGAAGUCCAAUCACAGGUUCUGACAUCUCUGACCGUAAGUCUUGGGGAGAGGAAAGUAAGGACCCGCGCUACUUGAGCUCUCGCAAACCAAGGACACCACUUUCAUUUCGGGACAGUCCUGAAAGAAGAGAUGGAAAUGAUGGCCAUGACAAAUCUCGUAAAGAUAGGAAAGCAUCAACACUAAGUGUUAGUUCUAACACAAGUAAGAGCCUGCUAUCACGCUUUAACAAAUCUCCGAAGACUUCGCCAAGCAGUGAAAGGUGUCAUGAACAAAGACGUGCAACUUCCCGUUCUAAACAAAAGGUCAUAGGACUUUGUGGGAAUAGUUAUGAACAAUCUGCAGUCAGGAGAACCUACACUCGAGAAAGAAGUUAUUCGACAGACAGCGAUAGAGGAACCAAUGUAACGGUUUCUAGUGAUUCAAGUGAUGGAAGCCGUAUCAAAAGACGGAGACCUGAUCACAAUCACAUAGAACCUGAUAAGUUGGAAUGCACUGAUCGUCAGCCUGUGUGGAGAGUAGGAAAUACUCGGUCGGUACUUCAAUUUAUCAAGAAAACAACCCACAUAGAAACCAAGGAACGUCAUGUGUAUCGGGAGAAAGUAAGAAGCCAUGUGGCAGACCGUAGAGAUCUAAAUUCUGGCGUAAACGCUUUGUCCCCGUAUAUCAGAACUGGCGCAGGGGUUCACCCUCUGGGAAACAGAUUGAGCGAGCAUAAAAGACUGAAACUCGACUCCAACUCAAAUUAUGUGGGUAAUGGAAUUGAAUCCGAUGAAAGCUCUAGCAACGAUGAUGAUAAUGUAUUAUUUUCAGGGCACGACCGUGACAUGUCUCGUUUAAGAUAUGUUACAGAACAGUCAUGUCAUGGGUUUAAAUCGGACACAAGCUCUAACGGUGAGAAUGACAUGACAUACCCAUGGUUUGGCCACACCCGCAGAGACCUCACUCUGGCCAGCUCUUUGCCAAGUCAGCAGUUUGAUUCGAUAAAUGAGAGGGAGACAAAAGUAGCCUGGCAAACUAGUUACCACUUGGAAUUUGAUUCUGAUGAAAAUGAAGAUGAUGAUGAUGAUAUUGACUUGAUUAUGGCUGGCAGGAAGAAUUUGAACAAGAAUGCUAUAAGUGCAUUUGAGGAGUAUGGAGUACAGCAUAGACAACCGCCAAAGGUCGAAGUCGUAUCUACAAGUGGUCCCCCACACAGACCUAUAUUUAUUGCUGUAGCUAGGCUUGGUGGUUCAGAAGUGUGCAGUGAGCAAGGACAUUCCAAACAUGAGGCUAGGAUAAAGGCAGCUGAGCGAGCUCUGCAGAUGUUGAGCAUACAAAGCAUACAGGAUGGUGGCGCUACAGGAGAGGACGAGGUCAGUUCUACCCAGUCAUCAGAUGAGGAUAUCUCCAAUCCUGUACCAUACAAAGACCCUGUAUCAGCCCUCAUGGAGUUUGCACAGUUUGCUAAACAGGAAGUCAGCUUUGAUCUCAUCUCACAAGAGGGACCUCCUCAUAUGCCGAUAUUUACAAUGGCUGUGAAACUAGGUACUCGGGUGUGUCCGACUGUGAAGGGGGGAAGUGCAAAGGAAACCAAAAAACGUGCUGCCUGUAUGGCCCUUAAUAUGUUAAAGAAGGAAGGUGCUCUGCAGGCUCUAUUCCCUGAUACAAAGUCAUCAGCGAUACCUGUUGGUAAAAUCAAGACAAAAUCAACUCUAGGUAUACCAGGAAAGAACCCAGUCAGCGUGCUUAAUGAAUAUGCUCAGAAAUCUAGUACCAGGCUGAGAUUUGAGUCCAGUAAAACAGGACCCCCACAUAAACCUGUAUUUAAUGUGUGGGCUAUACUAGGGGAGGAGAGUUUCCCAACUGUGAAAGCUGCAAGCAAGAAAGAAGGAAAUGUUCAGGCUGCAGAGACUGUGCUUAAAAUUCUAGAAGAGAGAGGACAGUACACAAUGCCAAAGGCUGUUUCUGGACAGCUCACACUUAACAACAGCAUCAUGCCAGCUACACACACCCACCAUGACAGAGUAGCUUGCGCGGCUGUGCGUAAAGUUGAUGAACUGUUGCUGCAGACACCAGAAUCUCUGGUUGGUAGAAAAGUCAUUGCCGCCAUUGUAAUGAGGGAUGAAGAGCAAGGACUAUAUCGAGUGGUCAGUGUUGGUUCAGGUAACAGAUGUGUUAAAGGUAGUCACAUAACAGAUGAUGGGACUGUACUUCAUGAUUCACAUGCAGAAGUGUUAGCCAGGAGAGGAUUUAAAAGGUUUUUAUACUGGUUAUAUAGAACAAAAGAUCUGCCUAUCCUGGCCUUAAGUAGACAGAAAAAAAUCAGAUUCAAGGAUGGGAUCAGCUUUCAUCUGUAUAUAUCUACAGCUCCUUGUGGGGAUGGGGCUUUGUUUACUCACAGUGACAGAGGGGUAGAGGGUUCUAGUUGCCAAGGAACUGAACACCGUCCUGUGUUCUCCAAUGCAAGGACUCAAGGUCUGCUUCGAGCUAAACAAGAAAAUGGGGAGGGAACCAUUCCAGUAGAGCCACAAUUUGUGGAUCAGACAUAUGAUGGAAUACAGCAAGGGGGACGAUUGCGUGUGAUGUCAUGUAGUGACAAGAUAUGUCAGUGGAAUGUGUUGGGUCUACAGGGUGCUCUCUUGUCUAGGGUCUACGAACCUGUCUUUUUACAGUCAAUAACAUUAGGGAAUCUUUAUAAUGCGGGUCAUUUAGCACGAGCAGUGUGUUGUCGUAUAGAUCACGGAAACACGUCAUUACAGUCUCAACUUCCUAAUGGUUACCAUGUCAACCAUCCUGAUCUAGGUGUCACUUCCUGUCAGGAUACAACACGGGUCGUAGAGAAGGCUCGUCCAUUGAGUAUCAACUGGUCAUUUGGUGAUAAGGAGCCAGAGAUUACAGAUGGAACUAUAGGCAAAACUAUAAAAACGGUAGAUAGAACUGUAGGACCUUCGAGAUUAUGUAAAAAAUCUCUACUUAGUUUGUAUAGGGAGACAAUUGACAGUAAAACAUACGUAAACGCUUCAUACAAGCAGAUCAAAUUAGAGGCAGAUGACUAUAACCAGGCCAAGAUGGCGUUACAUAGACGACUUCAAGAACAAAGUUACGGCUCCUGGGUGUGUAUGCCGAGGGAAGUUGACAGAUUUCAGUGAAUUACAGGGUGUGAUAUUGAUUAAAAUGUGAAUCGGGUUACACAGCCAAAGAUAUAUGUAAUGGAGGUCUCAUAAAUUCAUAUGUGUAUUUGUUGUUGUUUUUGUGUAUAUGUGUAUAGGGUAUUGCUUUAUAUUUGUGUUUAUGGUGUAAUAUUUAUACAUGUUUUUAUAGGGUGUUACAUGUAUACAUGACUAGGAGGCUGCAAUUACACAUAUAUUUAUCAGAUGUAGCAUGAAAUACAGUCGAACUUUGUUCCCCCAAACUCGACGGAAUCUUCAAAAUUGGUUCUAGUUAUCAGCAGUUCGUGCCAUCAAAUAAUACACUUUAUCACAUGUUUGACGUCAUGGGAGUGUAAUAAAGCCAUUUAAUAAAAAUGAUAAUACACUAGUGUAAUAAAGCUUUGAAGUCGACGUCAUUUAUAGUAUAGGUAACGUCGGUCAAAUUGUCAUGUUUAUAUAGUAAAAGAAAGAUGAUUUUUGAUGUUUCCACAAGAAAGCCUAACAUGUGAUAAAAAGAAUAUUACAUUUGUGACUUUCCACAUUGAAUUUAUUAAACUCAUUGAAUAAAAUUGAUAAAAUGCUUGGCAGAGCCUCGCAUUUUAUUAUUUUAUUCAACUCGUUUAAUAAUUUCAAUAUGGAAAGACUCAUGUAAUAUCCUCUAUUUGUACAGGGAUUUUGCCGGAACCGGAUGACGAGUUCAAGUGAAAGGAAGUGUUUGAAUUAUCUGAAUCGGCGAAAACAAAGUUCGACUGUAUGUUUGGUCCUGUAUAUAAAGUUGCCAUAAUCAUUUUCUAUGUAUUUAUUAUGAACAACAUAAUUUGUCAAAAGUAUGAAUUGUAGUCACAUUUUAAUCUUAGUUUUUACUCUUUUUGUUAAGGUCUUAUAAAUUUUAAACAAAACCUUUAUGGCUGACUAUAAGUUUGUACAUGUAUCAACUGUAUGUUUGGUCCCGUAUAUAAAGUUGCCGUAAUCAUUUCUAUGUAUUUAUUAUGAACAUGUAUUUUUCGUGAUUUCAAUUAAGUACUGUGAAAUCAUUUAAGUUCGCUCGCAUGAAAUUUCGCGCAAACAUGAAAAAAGACUGUUUCGCGCGGGCUUUAAUUCGCACAUUUUCAAUUUAUAAAUGAAAAAACAAAAUUGAAAAAUAAUAUUAGUGCGGUCUUAAAUUUGCGCAUCGGUCCUAGCGCGAAAAACGCGAAAAUUCGUCCCACGCGAAUAAAAAUGAUUUCGCAGUACAUUUAGAAACAAUAACAUGGUUACCAAUAUUAACUUAUCUGGUAAGCAUAAUGGGAAAAGUAUAUUAACAAAAGGCUCCACAAGAAAUUCAGGGAUUUUUUUUUUGCCACCUAUCUGUUUCAUUGCACAAUGUGAAGAGUUUUAUCAGUAUAAAGUUGUCCUAUUGAAAUGAAAUGUGUUACAUCAAUACUCUCGGUUCUCAUUAUUUCUGCUGUUUUAUCAGGGAUAAUUGAAAAAUUGUCAGUACUUACUUGCUGAAAUUCAAACAUUUUGAAGCAUAUAAUGUUGUAAAAAUUAAGAUUUUCACAGCAUUGGCAGUUUUCCACAAUUUUAUAGAUAAUGAGCACAAAAUGAAAUGAGCCACGCCAUGGGAAAACCAACAUAGUGGCUUUGCGACCAGCAUGGAUCCUGACCAGACUGAGCGGAUGCCUAGGCUGGUCUGGAUCCGCGCAGUCUGGUCAGGAUCCAUGCUGUUCGCUAACAGUUUCUCUAAUUGCUAUAGGUAUUGAUAGCGAACAGCAUGGAUGCUGGUCGCAAAGCCACUAUGUUGGUUUUCUCAUGGUGCGGCUCAUAUUAUGUUUAUGAUUCAGGUAUGGUUUUCCUCCAUAAAUGGCUAUAGAACCUUAGGAUCUUUUUAAAUUUUGAAUAUUUCUUAUGUUAUGGGGAUGUCAUUUUAAGAACUGUUUUUACAGGAAAAUGUGUUUAGAAUUUUAAUUUCAUCUGAAAACUUCAUAAGACUUGGUGUACUUUAAAAUUGAUAUUAUUUUGCACUUUUUUUACCCACCAAAUGAAGUUAAAGGAUGCACAAUGUGUAUAUUUGAGUCAUCUUAAAUUUGUGCUGUUUUAUGUAGUCAUUAGUUUUAAAUUGAUUCCAGAUAAAUUUCAUACAUAAAGCGUAAAUGUGUGUGUGACAUAAUUUUUUAGGGUCAGUUGAGAAAUUGCAGAGUUAUGAGCUCUUAGAUUUAGAGAAAAUGCCAAUUGUAUUUAAAAGGGGUAUUAAUAUUUUUUCAAAUUCAGAGCUGAAGAACUUGUCCAAUUGUUAAGCUGUCUGCCUGCAAAACCAGGGGUUGUAAGUUUGAGCUCCUGCAGCUCCAACUGAAAGUACUAAAUGUAACAUUUGGAUAAGAGUCCCCUGUAUGGGUGUCUUACUGUUACAUUUUGCUUGCUAAAGAACCAGAGAAGCUUAUAAAACACGCACAAACACACACACACACACACACUUUUUUGAAUUUAUAAUUUAGAGAAACUAGAGGAUAAAUGACAAAAAAGGUUAGAAAUAUAUGGGAGUGAAUCAAAACUUAAUCCUGUAAAUCUUAUUUUUAUGUGUUUGUAAUUUGUUAAUAGAAAUAAAAGAUGUUGUACUAGUAAUUUGUUAUUUUAGUGUAAUAUUUGCAAAUUUUGAAGAAAAAAUUCAUCUAAAUGUUGUUACAUGUAGUACAUAUCAAUUUGUGUAUUUGUUGUUCAUUUUUUCAGCCAUUCUAAAUUAUGUUGUGAUUCAUAAUGUACAGUUUAAGGUAUUGGACCUGUAAUGAAACUCCGCUAUUCCUGUGUGAUCAUGCAUUCUUCUAUGAAAACUUAAGUUGUGUGAGAUUCUAUUAAUAGAAAAUUAGAAACUUAAAUUCUUGGAGAAUAAGAUUCUAUUUAUGGAAGAGUUGUCUAUUUAUAGAAAACUAGUGUAUGAGAAAAUGAAAGCAUUAGAAAUUUUCUAGAAAAAAAGGCAAGGAAAAUUAACAUUUUAUAAUCGUGCUUAAAUUUUUAAACACUUUCCAAUAUAUCAUGAAGGAGAUGAGCCAGUACUUGUAUUGUUUUAACUAUGUCAUUUCUAGGAGAUUAAUACACACAUUCUUCCGUUAUUGUGAGCUUUAUGUGUAUAUGCAUUGUCUUCCAUGUUUUAGUCUUGUGAUACCUUAAACCCUUACAGCAUUUUACAUUUUGUGAGUUUCUGCAAUUAAAAUGGGUGAUGUGGAGGAAACAAAAAGACAUAAUGGCCUCCAGCAAUGUCAUAACAUUGUGAUGUCAUGACAUCUUGAUGUUAUAAAAUAGUGAUGUCAUAACAUUGUGAUGUUAUAACAAUGUUUGUUUUAUUACAGACCAUGACAUUUACCAACUACUGCAUAUGUUUGGAAUAAACAAAUCUUUUGCACAAGUUUUUGCGUCUAAUAAUAGAAUUGUUUUUCUCUCUUUUAUGUUUAGUUGUUAUGAGGAUGUUCAAACUUGAGAAAAGAAGUGUCAACUUCGGGCUACACCCUUGAUCAAUAACAUUUUCCUAGACCCUUGAUCAAUACGGUAACAUUUUUUUCUGACAGAUACUUUUAAGACUUAGAAAUGAUUGCAUAUUCAUUAGACCAUUGGUCAAUAACAUUUUUUCCAGACGCUUAAUCAAUAGCACUUUUUCCAGACUCAUAGUCAGUAUCAUUUUGUCAAGACACUUUAAUGAUACCAUUUCUCCAGACCUUUGAUUGAUACCAUUUUAGCCAGGCCAGUCAAUAUUCAUAUCUACCAUGUUAAAAUGCAAUACUUGUAUAAUAAACAUGUACCAUUAAUUGACAUUUGCGGAACAUACUGAUUGCUCAGACGAUGUGUCGAAUAUUUCGAGUCAUUACAUCUUUUACAAGCUUGGGUAAGAGUUACCAUAAUUGUUGUGUAUGUCUAGAUUAAAUUGUAGUAAAUUGUUUUACUGUAGCUUUUAUGCGUCUAGAACAAAUAAGGGUCAUUUACCAUCCUGGAUAUUGUACUCGAGAGCUUUGAUAUUUUGUCACAUUGUCACAUUUUUUUCUCAUAGUUUAUGCCAUUUACCAUCUGCAGGAUCAUUUACACUCAAUAUUCAGUUUUGUAAUACACUGUUAGGCACAUCUGAAAGCAAGCAAUCAGAGAGGAUUGUCAUGGCCAAGUUGGUUUAAGUAAGUUUCUCAUUAUUUCAUUAUUAGGAAAAUAAGUUUCUGAUUAUUUUAUUAUUGUGUUUGAUCAACAAAUAUUUUUCUUUACACAGAAAUCCAAAAAAAAAGUAUAACUUAAAAAGUUAUCAUUUAUUCAUUAAUUUAAAAUAAAUUACAUUGUUUCCCCUUCUUACUAAUUGAUACACUUGUAAGGUAGACUGACUCUCCAAUAAACAAUGACCCUUUUUUAUUGGAACCAUACUGUGAUGGUCAUUAGCCCCCAACUGUGCUGGUGAAGAUAGAAAUCCCUUGGCCCACUGCCAAAAUCUAGGCCUUUAAUGACUUUGAAUUGCUUACCUUUGACUGGUCUCUGCUGUGGACUGGAAAUCUUCUGUGGUGUGUAGAUUCUCAUUAAUUUGAGGAAACCAUCCAGCAAGGUUACAGAAGUUCUCUGAUUUUACCCAGGUGUCUGAUCAGGUCAGAAAUAAUGCAGAAUAGGUCACUGGGGGUCUCUCCAUCUUUGACAGUCCCCAUAAGACCUGUGAUUUUUUCAGUGGGAUGUAGAAGUCAAACAAACAAACAAAAGUAGUGAAAAGAAUGACAAAUAUUGUACAGACUUCUAAUCCUUUUUUAAAGACACAAAGUGAGUUUACAAUGUGCUGCACAAAUUUGAUAAACAAAUGAGAUUAUGAAUGUGAGCUAUAUUUCUUAGUAUUGGUCGUUCGCCACAGUUUGCCCGAAAUAUUUUAUUUUUGUUAUAUUCACA